AUGAUUUUUAUCUAUGUUAUCAUUGUUAUUAUUUCAUUUGAUGGUAUUAUAACUACACCUAUAUUAAAAAAUGCUUCAACAAAUCGUAUUAUAAUUAUUGCUUCAUGUCAAGCAAAUAAAAAUGGAUUUGAAUCAAUUUUAAUACAAAGUACACGUCAUUAUUAUUUUUACUUUUCCAGUCAGCCGUCAUCAUCGACCUUGUAUUCUUCCUCUUCUUUUUUACCAUUAUUAGAUCUAUCUUAUUGUGAACAUCAACAAACUGCUUAUUACCCAUCAAGCGGUUUUUCUAUUCUUCAUUCUUCACCACGAUUUUCUUCUACUAAAAUCCUAGACAAGAAACAUUCUUUGCCCUUUCAUCAUCAGAAUGCCGUUCUUUCCGCUAUUGAUCAAUUAUCACCUACUAGCAGUAAUAUUAUCCCAUUAAUGUCAUCAUCAUCAAAUAAAAGUCUUAUCCAUAUCGAUCAUGAUGAUAAUAUGAUAUCGACAACAAUUAAUUCUUUAACAACAAGUCCAUUUACUAAUAUGAGUUUUUUACAGACAUCAUUACCAACAACACAACAAGAAAAUCAAACAUUGAAUAUUGUGGUACUUAUUGGAUGUAUAAUUGCUGGAAUUAUUAUUAUGAUUAUUAUUUAUAUAAUAUUUAAAUAUUGUUGUAAUCAUGAUAAAGGUUCAUAUAAAAUUGAUGAAAGUAAAAAUUUUACUACAAAAUCUCAUUUGGAUAAUACUGAUACUAGUGGUUGUACUGGUAAAAUAUUAUUAUCGAAUCAUCAUCGACAAAACUUCUUAACAACAAAUGAAGAAAAUAUUAUUGAUUCAAAAGAAUGGUAUGUGUAA